CAGUAGGGAGUUUCUGCUGGGGUCUGGAUUGGAGUUACGCACAGACCGGACCCUGCCCUAUAUGAGUGGUGUCUGAGGAGGAAAAAGAGGAUCCCCCCCUGCCACAAAGAAUCUACAUGUCUAAUAUUUAGACAUGUUCAGCUUUGUGGAUAUUCGGUUAGCGCUUUUGCUCAGCGCAACAGUGCUUUUGGCGAGAGGUCAAGGCGAGGAUGAUAAGCAAUUUGGCAGCUGCACAUCAGAAGGACAGUCGUACAACGACAAGGAUGUAUGGAAACCAGAACCCUGCCAGAUCUGCGUGUGCGACAUGGGGACCAUCCUCUGCGACGAGGUGAUCUGCGAGGACACGUCCGAUUGUGAAGACCCCUACAUUCCAGAUGGAGAGUGCUGCCCUGUCUGCCCCGAUGGCGAGGGUCCUCCCACUGAACCUACGAUUCCAAAGGGACCCGAUGGCCCCAGAGGAGAUCCGGGUCUUCCUGGUCUCCCUGGCAAUGAUGGAAUCCCCGGACAGCCUGGCCUUCCCGGCCCACCUGGCUCCCCUGGCCCCCCUGGCCUUGGUGGAAACUUCUCUCCUCAAAUGAGCUACUUCGACCCCUCCAAGUCCAGCGGCCCACCCGUCCCCGGCCCAAUUGGUCCUCCUGGUCCCCGUGGUGUUCCUGGUCUUCCYGGCCCACCUGGUCCUUCAGGUAGCGCAGGACCCCAAGGAGAGCCUGGUGAGCCCGGUGCUGUGGGUCCAAUGGGUCCCCGYGGUCCCGCAGGCCCUCCCGGAAAGAACGGCGAUGAUGGUGAAGCUGGUAAAGCUGGACGCCCCGGUGAGCGCGGAGCUGCUGGCCCUCAGGGUGCUCGUGGAUUCCCCGGAACCCCCGGACUGCCCGGCAUCAAGGGACACAGAGGUUUCCCUGGUCUUGAUGGCUCCAAGGGAGACGGCGGACCUGCUGGUCCUAAGGGAGAGCCUGGUGUCCCCGGAGAGAAUGGCAUCCCAGGCGCCAUGGGUGCCCGUGGUCUUCCUGGUGAGAGAGGCCGCCCCGGACCUGCUGGCCCUGCUGGUGCUCGUGGUAACGAUGGCAACACCGGUCCUGCUGGUCCUCCCGGACCCACCGGAUCUGCCGGACCCCCUGGAUUCCCCGGUGCUGUCGGUGCUAAGGGUGAGACCGGACCUGCCGGAGGUCGUGGAUCUGAGGGACCCCAAGGAGCCCGUGGUGAGCCUGGUAACCCAGGACCUUCUGGACCCGCUGGACCUGCUGGUUCUCCUGGAUCUGAUGGUCAGGCUGGUGCUAAAGGUGCUAAUGGCGCUCCCGGUAUCGCUGGUGCUCCUGGUUUCCCCGGUAACCGUGGUCCUGCUGGAGCUCAGGGAGGCGCUGGUGCUCCCGGUCCCAAGGGUAACAAUGGCGAGCCUGGUCCUCCAGGUCCUAAGGGAGAGGCUGGUGCCAAGGGUGAGCCUGGCCCAGCUGGACUUCAGGGACUUCCUGGCCCCUCUGGUGAGGAGGGAAAGAGAGGACCUCGUGGAGAGCCUGGUGGUGCUGGACCCCGUGGACCCCCUGGAGAGCGUGGUGCCCCCGGUGCUCGCGGCUUCCCUGGUUCUGAUGGAGCUGCUGGUGGAAAGGGCGCCCCAGGUGAGCGCGGUGCCCCCGGACAAAUGGGAUCUCAGGGAGCCACUGGUGAGGGCGGAAGCYCCGGCGCUCCUGGCGCUCCAGGAUCAAAGGGUGUGACCGGUAGCCCCGGAAGCCCCGGCCCUGACGGCAAAGUCGGACCUGCUGGUGCUCCUGGUCAAGAUGGCCGCCCCGGACCUCCCGGCCCCGCCGGAUCCAGAGGACAGCCCGGAGUCAUGGGAUUCCCCGGACCCAAGGGAGCCUCUGGCGAAUCUGGUAAAGGUGGCGAGAGAGGACCUGGUGGAGCUGCUGGCCCAGUUGGUGCUCCCGGCAAAGAUGGUGAUGUUGGAGCUCCUGGACCUUCUGGACCUGGUGGACCUGCUGGAGAGAAAGGAGAGCAGGGACCUUCUGGUGCACCAGGAUUCCAAGGUCUUCCUGGACCCCAAGGUGCUACUGGUGAGAGCGGCAAGCCUGGCGAGCAGGGCGUUCCUGGAGAGGCYGGACCACCUGGCCCAUCUGGACCCAGAGGUGACAGAGGCUUCCCUGGUGAGCGUGGCGGUCCCGGGCCUGCCGGUCCAACUGGAGCCCGUGGCGCCCCUGGUGCUGGUGGAAACGAUGGACCUAAGGGAGAGCCUGGAGCUGGUGGCGCCCCCGGUAGUGCGGGACUCCCUGGUAUGCAGGGAAUGCCUGGAGAGCGAGGAUCUGCCGGUGUUCCUGGACCCAAGGGAGAGAGAGGAGAUGCUGGUGCUAAGGGUUCUGAUGGCACCUCUGGCAAAGAUGGCGUGCGCGGUCUGACUGGUGCUAUUGGACUUCCUGGACCUCCUGGUUCUCAGGGUGAGAAGGGAGAGGCUGGUCCCUCUGGAAUCGUUGGACCCUCUGGUCCUCGUGGUUCCCCUGGUGAGCGUGGAGAGACUGGACCUGCUGGACCUGCUGGAUUUGCUGGACCUCCUGGUGCUGAUGGUCAGCCUGGUGCCAAGGGAGAGAGUGGUGACUCCGGACCAAAGGGAGACGCUGGCCCUGCUGGACCUCCUGGACCUUUUGGAUCUGCCGGUCCUCAGGGACCUGCUGGUUCUACUGGACCCAAAGGUGCUCGUGGUGGUGCUGGAUCUCCUGGUGCUACUGGUUUCCCUGGACCUGCCGGCAGAGUUGGACCCCCUGGCCCCUCUGGAGCUUCUGGACCCCCCGGACCUGUUGGACCCGUUGGAAAGGACGGACCCCGAGGAUCUCGCGGUGAGACCGGCCCUGCUGGUCGCCCUGGUGAGUCUGGUGCUGCCGGUGCUCCCGGYCCCAGUGGAGAGAAGGGAUCCCCUGGCUCUGAUGGAUCCCCUGGUACUCCCGGUCUGCCUGGACCCCAGGGUAUCGCUGGAGUGAGAGGUAUCGUAGGUAUCACUGGACAGCGUGGAGAGCGUGGUUCCACUGGUAUCCCUGGACCCGCUGGUGAGCCUGGUAAGCAGGGACCUUCUGGCCUUGUUGGUGAGCGUGGACCCCCUGGACCUGGUGGACCCCCUGGACUGUCUGGUGCCCCYGGAGAGGCUGGUCGUGAGGGAUCUUCUGGUCAUGAUGGUGCUCCUGGUCGUGACGGUCCUCCUGGCCCUAAGGGAGACCGUGGUGAGAGUGGCAAUGCUGGACCCCCUGGACCUCCUGGUGCUCCUGGAGCCCCCGGAGCUGUCGGCCCCUCUGGCAAAAGCGGUGAACGCGGAGAGAGUGGUCCUGCUGGUCCCGCUGGUCCUGCUGGCAUUACUGGACCCCGUGGUUCUACUGGCGCUGCUGGUGCUAAGGGAGACAGAGGAGAGGCUGGUGAGGCUGGAGAUAGAGGCCACAAGGGACACAGAGGACUCAGCGGACAGCCUGGUCUGCCUGGACCUCCUGGAGUUCACGGAGACAGAGGACCCGCUGGUGCUUCCGGACCCGCUGGACCCAGAGGGCCAUCUGGAAACAACGGUUCCCCUGGUAAGGAUGGACAGAACGGUAUGCCCGGACCCAUCGGACCCCCUGGACCUCGUGGUCGCAAUGGAGAGCUGGGACCUUCUGGUCCCCCUGGACCUCCUGGACCCCCUGGACCUCCUGGAGCCCCUGGCAGCGCCUUUGAAUUCGUUGCACCACCCCAGCAGGAGAAGGGCCCAGAUCCUCUCCGUGGUGGCUACCGCGCUGAUGACCCCAACAUGAUGCGUGACCGCGACAUGGAGGUUGACACCACCCUGAAGACCCUGACCCAGAAGGUUGAGAAUAUCCGCAGCCCCGACGGCUCCCAGAAGAGCCCUGCUCGCAUGUGCCGUGACCUGAGGAUGUGCCACCCUGAAUGGAAGAGCGGCACAUACUGGGUUGACCCCAACCAGGGCUCUUCUCUGGACGCCAUCCAGGUCCACUGCAACAUGGAGACUGGAGAGACCUGCGUCUACCCCAUCGAUUCCAACAUCCCCAUGAAGAACUGGUACCUCAGCAAGAACCUCAGAGAGAAGAAGCACAUCUGGUUCAGCGAGUCCAUGACCGGUGGAUUCCAGUUCCAGUAUGGCACCGAGGGAGCUGAUCCCGAGGACGUCAACAUCCAGAUCUCCUUCAUGCGCCUGAUGUCCAACCAGGCCUCACAGAACGUGACAUAUCACUGCAAGAACAGCAUCGCCUACAUGGAUUCUGCAACAGGCAACCUGAAGAAGGCCCUCCUUCUCCAGGGCUCCAAUGAUGUCGAGAUCAGAGCCGAGGGCAACAGCCGCUUCACAUACAGCGUCAGCGAGGAUGGCUGCACGUCACACACUGGCACAUGGGGCAAGACAGUCAUCGACUACAAGACAUCGAAAACAACCCGACUGCCCAUCAUUGACAUUGCUCCUAUGGAUGUUGGUGCACCCGAUCAGGAAUUUGGCGUCGAAGUUGGCCCCGUUUGCUUCUUGUAAAAAAAAAAAAAAAAUGAAAGAAACAUGGACAUGACAUUGUUGUUUUUUUCUAGCAGUCAUCUCUAAAACCUCUUUUUUUUCUUAUGCAACCAAAACUCAUUCGGCCGCCAUUGGUCCACAAUGCUUUAAAACCACUCCACUGAAGACGGUGUCUGCAUUUUUUUUUUCCAACCCUGAGAUGCUUUUUAUUUUGGGACUGCUACUUCAUCUGAAAACCAACCACACAGGGACACUUUAAAUAAAACUUUUUGAUUCCACUGGCAACAAGAAAAUAAUGUACGUAUGUGUAAAAUUUCCCCAAAGGAGAUGAUUAAAAAUAAGAGAAAAAAAGAAAACAGAAUCGGGUGACUUUUUACCUAUUUCCUACCACUGCAGAAGGACUUUGAAAACAACAAAUGAUAUGUACCAUUUUUCUGGUGUUAAAUAAAUUGUAAAAAGUGUGGAGUGUCUUGUUGAUCUAAAUAGAUAUGAAAAACACCUGAACUUUGGACCAACAAAAAAACAAGACAAUUAAGCUCACCUUCAUUGCAAUAUAUAGAUGGCUACCUCAGAGUCACCCCCCAAUUUUUCUUUAGAAAUUGCCUAUCGGGGGACAUURAACCAUUUAAAGGUGCUAUUACUAAUCCAAAUGAGGUCCAGUUAUCAGUAUUUGAUGAUCAAACUCUCACUCUCAUACUGUAAUUGUUGCCACUAAUGCCUGCAGAACUUUGGUGCUACUAAAUUCACUCAUUGUCUUGUUGUCUAUGCAGUGCAAUUGUUUUCUUCUUUGAGUGUUGGUUUGAUGACAGAGGCGAUUGCUGCAGGUGUGAUGCAUGCAUUCGUGUCUUUGUAGAUACAAGCGAGUGACUUCCCUGCCCACAUGUUCAGUGUUUGCCCCAUCUGUGGAAAAUCCCUUAAAUAUCCUUGAAAAAAAAGAAAGAAAAAAAAAAAAAAAGAAAUCACUCAAAAGAACAGCACACAUCUUCCCGGUUGUUUAUGUUUCAUUGAUGUCUUUUUUUGCAGAGAGUUUCUUAAAAAUGGAAAUUGAAGCAGACCGACUUUCAUGAUUUCAAGGAGAGAUUCUGUACUUAUUUUGUACAUGUAUAAUAAAUCAAGAUGUUUUUAAUUAUUUUGGGUGCUGAAAUAAAGCAUGUGAAGUGGUCUA